AUGGAGCAGAGGCAGCACGCGUCGAUCAAACAGCGACGGAAGGUCGAUAAGAAAGACGAUAAAAAAGUCGAGCCAGAUACGAGCACAUCCAGCGAGAGAGCAGCAAGGGAAACUCAAUCCUCUGCAAGCUUGCCGAACAACGGUCAGAUUGGAGGCGAUAUCGACGCGGAGCGUGUAACCAAGACAGCGAACCGGGGUGUUACAGCUAGUCCUCUAACCAAACGAACACUUACAACACUCGCCCACGCUCUACUUGUAGUCGCUCUUGCUCUCCUCCUGGGAAACUGGCAGCGGAUUUCACAGGGUAGUUUCCUCCUCGAAAGUCUACCUUUCAAGGCCUUCAACUUCGGUGAAGCCCCUCUCCCGCCGCUCCACCGUUCCGGCCCAGUAUGCCGCACCUGUGACCGCGCCUCAUGCUCCUUCGCCUACUUGCAAGGACUCACUAAUCUCCUGACCCUUGUGCCGCCUCUAAGCGGUGCUCACAGCAUGGCGGCCAAGUGGGCCAAGUUUCAAAUGCCCUCUCUCAGUGACGCUGACGACCUCCCAGGAACCCUUGCCCCUACCUCCUCCCCUCUGACCGCUCCAUCCUCUCCCUCCUUAUGUGCAGAUGGCGUGGUGAUUCAGAUCGUGGCGUCGGACUGGUCACUGAUCGUGGCUUCGGAUUGGUCCGUGGUGGCAGCACCUGAGGGCGACUGGAGCCAACCGCUGGGAUUGGAGAAGGUGGGAGGGCAGGAGGGCAGCAGGGUGGGAGACGUGCUCACCGUUGUGGUUGUGAAGACUGCCGAACCCAACAGGGAGGCCGCAUCUCGCUCCCUCUGGAACAUGUUUGGCUUCUCAGCUGCUUCCAACAAAGCCCAAUCAGUCUGGGGAAGGAAACAGGAGGGCGGAUCAUACGACAAGGAGGAGGAAGGAGCAGAGGGAGCAGAGGGAGCGGAGGAAGCAGAGGUGGAGGAGAUGGAGGUGCAUGUGUCUCUGAGGGCUCCCAACGGCUGUGUGCUGUGCUGUCGGGAAGCCGCAUCGCGAUCCCUCUGGAACAUGUUUGGCUUCUCAGCUGCUUCCAACAAAACCCAAUCCGUGUGGGGGAGGAAGCAGGAGGGCGGCUCAGACGACGAUGAGGAGGAAGCAGGGGAAGGAGCAGAGGGAGCGGAGGAAGCAGAGGUGGAGGAGAUGGAGGUGCAUGUGUCUCUGAGGGCGCCCAACGGCUGUGUGCUGUCGGCACAUGAUGACGGGUCGCUCCGGGCAGAUACGCCGACAGAUGCCGCCCUGCUGGACUGCCACGUGUUCCGCGUCACGAGGAACGUCCGCUCGGGGAAAUUCGCCUUCUUUUCCAUGAGCAAUGAGCGCUACCUACGAGCGCUGCAGCCAUCGCUCCUCUUCACGUCCAUGGUGCAGGGAGAAGCAGAGACCUUCUCUAUCCGCCGCCUGGACAUGCUGCCCAAGUUCCUCGGAGUCAACCUGGGCGGCUGGCUCGUGGCAGAAGCUUGGAUGUGCCCUCCUGCUCUCUUCGACGGGGUCUUCACUGAUCUUCUUGAUGGCACGUCAAUCCAGCUACAGUCCGUGGACAGCAAGUGGGUGGCAGCGGAGGGAGGGGGCGGUGACCAGCUCAGGGCCAAUAGGGAUGCUGCCAGCGCAUGGGAGACGUUUUUUCUUCGCCGGGCAGACCACGGCGCGUUUUUCAUCCGGGCGGGCAGCGGGCACUUUUGGAGCGUGGAUGCUGCGAGUGGCGAGGUGUUUGCAAACAAGGAGGACGAGGAGGAGGGUGAGAUGUUCUGGGUGCGGCACAAGCUGGGGGAGGAGGGCACGGUGCAGCUGAGAGCGGCCAAUGGCAACUGGGUGCAGGCUUUGGACGACGGCAGGCUUAUAGCGGAUAUCGAUGAGGACGCCCCUAGAUGGGACACCACGUGCACAUUCACCCUGAGCAAGCUAGCAGACAUGGGGGGGGAGGCGCAGCUCAUGCUGGCUCUGGGGCGGGAGGAGGCAGAGAGGAGGCUGCAGCAGCACCGGGAGGAGUGGGUGGGGGAAGGCGACUUUGAGUGGCUGGCGCGGCAAGGGAUGAACGCUGUGCGGAUACCCGUGGGGUGGUGGGUUUCUGUUGACCCCACGCCAGAGGAGUUUGUGGAAGGAGCACUUGAGCUGCUGGAUAAGGUGGGUGUUGGGAGUGGUUGUGGUGGGUCAAGUGGGCUGCUCUGCUUGCACCUCCGUGUGCGGUCUGGUGGAUUGCUGUGGACCCCACGCCAGACGAAUUCGUGGCAGGGGCUCUGGAGCUGCUUGAUAUGGUGCGUGGGUGUUGGGAGUGGUUUUGGUGGGUCAAUUGGGGUGCUCGCACCUUGUGUGGGCUGGUGGGUUGCUGUGGUGUGGACCCCUCACUGGAAGAAGUCGUGGCAGGGGCUCUGGAGACUGGAGCUUCUGAAUAAGGUGGGUGUCGGAUCUAGUGUGUGCAGUAUCCGCGUUACAAUGUGUCUUCUCUGCUCGCAUCUAUGCAGCAUUCCCCUGGCUGGCAAACACAGCUCCACUUUUCCCCGUUACCUGCAGGCAUUGGAAUGGGCGCACCCGCACACACACAGCAUCCGCGUUAUAGUGUGUCUGCAUGAUCCAUCCAUGCGUGCAUCAAUUAUCUACCUUAAAAAAUCCCUCCUCCCUUUCUCCUCAUCUCUGCAGGCACUGGACUGGGCGCACACACACAGCAUCCGCGUUAUAGUGUGUCUGCAUGCAGCCCCGGGGUCGCAGAACGGGUGGGAGCACAGCGCGAGUCGAGACGGCAUUCCCAUGUGGGGCAAGCCCGGGACGCCUUACAUGGAUGAGACAGUCGACGCCGUCCGCUUCCUCGUGCAGCGGUAUGCGUCGCACCCAGCUUUUGCAGGGCUAGAGCCAAUCAACGAGCCGAGAGCCGACGCAGUGUCAUUCGACGACCUCGCACGCUACUAUGAGCGGUGCUAUGCGGUGCUGAGGGAGCACUCGCCCUCCGCCUACUUUGUAAUUUCUGGAAGAAUCUUUGCUAACGAGAGAGAGUGGGAUGACUUUAUGACAAGUGCACAGUACACGAAUGUGAUCUACGACGCGCACUGGUACCAGGUGCACGACCACGCUGAGUUUGGGUCCCAGUCGGUGGACUUCAAUCUGCAGUACCCCUCGAAGCAGCGCGCCGCUGCUCUCAGCCUGCUGGAACGAGGGCAGCGACUCGUGUUCGUGGCCCAGACAUUCGACGAGAAAGACGCAAUCCUGAGCGCGGACCCGCGGGUGCGCGCCGUCUUCCCCCAGCAAGGCUCCUCCCUUGGGAAAUUCGUCAAGCCUGCUGUUUCGAUGGCCGUGGAUUGUUGCAGUCAGGAGGAGAUUUACCUGCUCAAGUGCCUGGUGGCGUCCGGGCAGGAGCAUUUGCUGGACACUCCGGUUGCCUGGGCUGAAGGGCUGGACACGAUCUGGGAAAAGGCACAUUACCAGAGCAGCGCCAAGGCAGAGUCAGGAGGAGGAGGAGUAAAGGAAGCCUUUUCCAUGCUCGCCUCUAUUAUCGACGGUUGGGACACGCACCCUGACGCCCCGCGUUCCGCGCUCCCCGCAUUCCUCGCCGGAUUCGACAACCCGGGCGUGUUUCCCGCUCCGCUUAUGGACCUUAUCGAUUGGGAGGACCGCUGCUCGGCGCGCAGCUUAGGAGGGAAAGGGCAGGAGGAGCCGCCGUCGUCUCUGUUCGCGCAGUUUAUGGAAGGGCUGGAGUAUCCGAGCGUGUUCGGCGCCCCGCUGUUGGACCUUGUUGACUGGGAGAGGCAGUGGCAGUCAGAUGAUGACCUGGCCAGUGAUCCGGAGUUUGCCUCCCAGGCAGCGUUUUGGGGCCUUGAGGGGCUGCCUGCAAUGGCGGAAAUUUACCCCUUGGGAGGGGCGGGGGACAGACUGGGACUAGUAGACGAGGCAACAGGCGAGAGCCUUCCAGUGGCGAUGCUCCCCUACUGCGGCCGCACGCUGCUGCACGGGCUACUGAGAGACCUGGAGGCGCGGGAGUAUCUGCAUUUCCGUGUGUUUGGCGAGCAGCACGUGACGCCAGUGGCCAUCAUGACUAGUGCAGCCAAGAAGAACCACCAGAGGGUGCUGGCUCUGCUGCAGCAGCACAACUGGUUCGGCCGUGGCGAGCACAACUUCCGGCUCUUCCAACAGCCGCUGGUGCCAACGGUAGCAGCGGAGGAUGGCAGGUGGCUGGCCAGCGGCCCUCUCUCACCGGUGCUCAAGCCAGGUGGCCACGGGGUCAUCUGGAAGCUCGCAGCCGACGAGGGCGUGUUUGACUGGCUGCGCUCCAAGGGCCGCAAGGCUGCUGUCAUCAGGCAGAUCAGCAACCCAUUGGCUGCAACGGACAUGACUCUCCUGGCUCUCUCUGGCGUUGGUCUCCAUGGCAACAAGAAAUUUGGCUUCGCUUCAUGCGACCGCAACGUGGGCACAGCAGAGGGUGUGAACGUGCUGGCAGAGCAGCAGCAGGCGGACGGGUCGUGGGCGUACGGGCUGACAUGCAUCGAGUACACCGAGUUUGAGAAACUCGGCAUCAGCGACGCGCCCGUGGCUCCUGGCAGCAGCCGGUCCAAGUACCCUGCCAACACCAACGUGCUCUUUGCUGACCUGAAUGCUGUUGAGAUGGCGGUGUUAGGGAAGACGGCUGUUAGAGGGGUGACUGGAGGCCGAUUGGAAUGCACGAUGCAGAACAUCGCGGAUCUCCUCGUCACCUCUCAUUCAUCCCCCUGGAUUUUUUUCCAUCCCGUUCCCUCCCUGCCCUGGUUGUGCAGCAUCCGAGGAGGCCGAUUGGAGUGCACGAUGCAGAAUAUCGCUGAUCUCCUCGUCACCUCCCUCUCGUACCGCCUGCCUCUCGACUCGGAUGCUGCUGCUACUGCUUCUACUGCUGCUUCCUCAAUUUCUCCGACCCACAGUCUUGACGCCACUGCUCAGGAGGGCAGGGAGGGGCGGGGUGGAGCACAGGUGCAGGGCGAACGGAGUGCUACUGCAGUGGACAGUGGGACAGAGGGGAAUGCGGCAGAGCACAGCAAGCAUCAGUUGCAGGCGGUGCUGGACACGUUUCUGGUGUACAACGAUCGCCGCAAAGUCACCUCCUCCGCCAAGCGCCGGCGAAAGCCCACAGACACCUCGCUGCACCAGGUAUGGUUGGAUCUGGGCAGUGGGGCAGAGGACAGUGUGGCAGAGGACAGUGUGGCAGAGGACAGUGUGGCAGAGGGCGGUGGGGCAGAGGACAGUGUGGCAGAGGGCGGUGGGGCAGAGGACAGUGUGGCAGAGGGCGACGGUUCCUUCUUUCUUGGACCCCAACCGCAACUCGCUGAAGCUCUUUUUCCUCCUCCUUCCUUCACUCGCCCUUACGUUGUAUCCUUGCCAAUCCUUUCCCCCUCCCUUUCCCCCUCUCCCCAACAUAACGUGCCUUUGCAGACCCUGAACGGCUCCUUCCUGGACCUCAACCGCAACUCGCUGGAGCUCUUCUCGUCCUUCCUCACUCUCCCUAAGCCCGAACCCUUGCUCAUCCCUCCUCGCUCCCCUUCUCUCCCCUCUCGUGCCCACCACACCAAUGCAGACUCCAGACGGCUCCUUCCUGGACCUCAACCGCAACUCGCUGGAGCUCUUCUCAUGCACAGCGAUCACAAGCGCUACGUGGACUCAUCUCCACCGUUCAUCUUCCUCUUUCACCCCGCCCUCGGCCCGCUCUGGAGCGUCAUUCGGCAAAAGGUACAGGGAGGCUCUGUGGCGCCACAGUCUGAAGUGAAGCUGGAGAUAGCUGAGCUUGAGUGGUCCAACGUGCAUGUAUCUGGGAGCUUGUUGAUCGAAGCUGAUGCCGUCACAGGUUCUAUGGACACUCAAUUCCGCACCACACAGCUAGGCCAAGGCUGCGGCCGGUGCCAGUUACACAACGUGACGGUUACCAACAGGGGAGUCGACUGGGAAAGCAGGGCAAACGUUUACUGGCAGGACCGGGUGCAGAGGAAGGAGGCGUUGAGAGUGGUGCUGCGCGGUGAUGCAGAGUUCGAGGCGAGGGACGUGGCGAUUGUGGGCGACCAUGUGUUUGACGUGCCUGAGGGGCACCGCAUGGUUGUUUUUGCAUCGGAAACAGGUGAGUGA